AUGGCACCCAGAGGCGGUAGAGGCGGCGGUCGUCCUCCUGGCCGACAGAACAAAGCCAACGGCAAGAAAAGCGAGAACCAGCCAUGCUUUCAGUUCCAGAGGGGAAGAUGUAAGUAUGGAAGAGACUGCAAGUUCUCCCAUGAUAAAGAAAGUACUGGCAAUGAGCGUGCUGCACGCUCUGCAGACAAUCACCUCGACGCUGAAGCUCGCGAAGAGUACUACGACUGGAAACGCCUUCUGCGCAGUAGCCCAUACGACUCCUUUGGAUCCGAACGAACCGAAGAAACUCUUAAGUUCUGGGAAGGCGCUCUUGGUAUCUUGGAUGGCGAUAGCCAGGAUCAACAUCACGUAGUCGCCAAGGAACUUGUUCAAGACAAGUUUAACGGCCCCGAAUGGAUCGAUGCCACUACCAAAAUGACUUCUUUCACCUCAGCAUCAAGCUUCAAAUGUGCUGAGAAUUUCCUCAGAGUCAUUGCUCACCCUACUCUCACCCCGCUGUCCAUCAGUGCUUUCGUUGGAACCAUAUAUGUGCUCUUCGGUGGCACGAGUGGGCAACAAGGCAUUGAGUUCUUGUCCCGGAUGUGCGCCAGUAUCUCGAAGACCAUCGGCGGAACAGAUGGUACACUAGAUCCCGAACUCCAUGACCUUGUCGAUGUCGUAUUAAAGGCACUACACGAACUUCUCGUCAAGACUAGUCGAACUCGGUUCUGUGAUGGUUUACCCAAGCUCAUUGGGUUGCUGGACAACAUUCUUGCUGUGGUUGCUCAGCACGUCGCUGGGGCUUACCACGAUGGGCUUCAAGGUCGCUUGGACAUCAUCAAGAGGAUUGUUGAUGGGUCAACUGCCCGCGUAGUCGCUACUAAGCCCACAGCGGAUGGUAAGAUGAGAGACAAAAACUCAGUCGCAUCAUCUUUCCCGCAGGAGGUAGCCAUACCAGGAGGUAGACACGACAAUGACUUUGCCGAGAUCUCCGAUGUCUCCAUUCUCCCAACCCAGGGAGAAAUCACCAGCGAGCAUGAGGAAUACCUUCCGUCUACCAACUUCUUGCACCCUCAUGUCUUGACAGAUCCUAUGCAGCGGUACAUCGACUCGACAUUCCGCCUUGUCAGACAUGAUACAUUAGGUCCAGUGAACGAUACUCUCCGAGAUAUCUUUUCCUCCGAUAACCUGAUGGCCGGACGAAUGACAGACAAAAACAGCCAAGCACAAGUCUACACAUCAGCAAAGUUCCGUCGAGUCGCUAUCCACGAGCGGCAUGGAUUGGAGGCGAUUGUAUCCUUUUCCGCACCAUACUUCAUUCGCAAAAAGUCGUCUGCAGAGCAGCGUGACUGGUGGCAGAGAUCUCCUCGCCUGGGUGAAGGGACGCUUGUGUGUUUUGUUACUUCGGAGGGUGAACACAAGAGGAUCCUCUUCUUUCAAGUCACCGCCAAAAGUACACAAUGGGACCACAGGCGCCCUGACACGAGCAAGAGCAGCCUUGUCCCACAUAAUAUUGAUCCAAGCAUCACUGUCAAGCUUGCGACACACCAGCAAAGCGACUUGACUGUGCUUCUUCGACUGUUCCAGGACAACGCCAUGGGCGUUUUGGUGGACUUCAACGGUGUCAUCCCUGACACGUUCAUGCCCAUCCUCAAAAAUCUACAAAAGAUCAAGCGAGAGAACCAUAUCGCAUUCCAUAACUGGAUCUUACCAACCUCUGGCGAGAACAACCGCAUGCCUCCGCCACUGUACGCCCGAAAAGCAGGAUUUGUGUUUCCACUCAACUGUAUCGCCAAGGACAAGGACGUUAAGCUUGAUCUGGAUCCUUCCCUCGCUUUGAAGGACAUCGAUCUGAAAAAGAUUGAAGAUGCGACAGGCCUCGACCAUGGCCAAUGUCUUGGCUUGGUAGGGGCCCUCACAAGAGAAUAUGCGCUCAUUCAAGGUCCUCCUGGAACAGGAAAGUCCUACCUCGGAGUACAGCUCGUGAGAACUUUGCUUGCUGUGAAGAAAGAGGCGAAGCUAGGUCCGAUCCUAAUCAUGCAACUAAUAUAUGUGACCAACAGCUGUUACACGAACCAUGCUCUGGAUCAGUUCCUGAUGCAUCUGCUUGACGUCGGAAUCCAAGCUAUUAUUCGCAUUGGCGGUCGCAGUGUCACGGAAGAACUCGACAGCAAGAACCUUCGCGUCGUCAGCAAAGAAACUCAAAAGACAGGAGUAGAAAGAAGCAUUCUGGGCGAGGCUUAUAGUUUACAUGAGGCCUCGUUGGAGUCUGCUCAACGCUCGCUGGGACCAUUGUUUCAGGCUCGUAAAGGGCCGAGUUGGGAUGGAUUGAAACGAUAUUUAUUGCGAAAAUAUCCUCGAAUAUACAAUCAGUUUGAGAAGUACGAUGAGGACGGCUUCGAAGUCGUCACCAAAGACAUCUUGAAAUCUUGGCUCGGAAAACGGCCGAAGCAAAUCACAGUUGAGCCAUCGAUAUGGAGAAACAUCAUCGCUCGAGCGGAGACGAAUAUUGGUUUGCUUUCGUCAGAAGAGAAAUGGUUCAUUGUUGAAUACUGGCGUGAGCAACAACACCAAGCACAAAUCGCACGGCUUUUUGAGUCUCUGGACGACGCUGAGGAGAAGCGCAAGACCAUCCAGCGAACGCAUGAUGCCGUGGAUCAGCGAACUCUUGCACGAGCUGAUGUCAUUGGAAUCACCACCACAUCACUAGCAAAGCAGAUUGAAAUGCUACGGAGUUUGAAGAUCAAGUGUGUCAUGUGUGAGGAAGCUGGCGAGUUGAGAGAGGCUGAUAUCAUCUCUGCCCUGAUGGAGAGUGUUGAGCACUUCAUUCAGAUUGGAGACCACAAGCAACUCCGACCUCAGAUCAACAACUUUGAACUCAGCUUGGAGUCGUCUUCGGGCAAGUUCUGGCAACUGGAUCGAAGCCAGUUCGAGCGACGGGCGGUGGGCGAACCGGGUCUUCCACCAGCGCCAUUCGCACAGCUUAACGUCCAGCGAAGAAUGAGACCUGAGAUCUCCCAGCUCAUCCGCCGAGUUUAUCCCAAUCUGCAAGAUCACGAAUCAGUUUUCCACCUCGACGACGUGGUAGGUAUGCGCAAGAACCUGUUUUGGCUCGACCACAAUCACCCAGAGGACUCUGGCGGAGAUGGAACUCGGGUCAAGUCGCAUAGCAACACCUGGGAGACCAAUAUGGCGACGGCAUUGGUCCGCCAUAUAGUUCGACAAGGAGUGUACAAGCCCGAGGACGUCGCUCUCCUUACGCCAUACACGGGCCAACUUCAGCAGCUGCGAGCUGCUCUCGGCAAAGACUUUGAGAUUUGCCUUAGCGAUCGAGACAUGGACCAACUGGCGCACGAAGGAUUUGAGGAUGAAACGGGCCAAGGAUCAUCGGGUACUCAGAAAAUGAUCGAGAAGAAGCAACUUCUUCAGACCAUUCGGCUCGCUACGGUUGACAAUUUCCAGGGUGAGGAAGCCAAAGUUAUCAUCGUCUCCUUGGUUCGAAGCAACGAGCAGCGUAAAGUAGGAUUCCUUCGCACUGAGAACCGCAUCAACGUUCUUCUCAGUCGAGCGCAACACGGAAUGUAUCUUAUUGGCAAUUCUGAGACGUACCUCAAUAGGCCAAUGUGGGCUGAUGUCUAUAAUCAGCUCUCACAAGCCGGCUCUGUUGGGAAAGAGAUUGAGCUAUGCUGCCCACGACACAAGGAUCUCCAAAUCACCUGCGCCGAACCGGAAGACUUUGCCAUCAAGAGCCCUGAAGGUGGUUGUACCUUUACCUGCUCUCGACGACUUGAACCAUGCGGGCAUCAGUGCCCAGCGCGCUGCCACUCAAACGCCAUGCAUGACGCUUUCUUCUGUCAACAGCCUUGUCCUCGCGUCCGAGACACCUGCGAUCAUCUGUGUCCCAAACUAUGCGGGGAACUCUGCGGCCCUUGUAGGGUCCAGGUUCAUGAUGUUGAACUUCCAUGUGGUCACAUUAAGCAAAGUUUGAUGUGUCACAAGAAGCUAAACUUGUCCUCGGUGAAAUGUACUGCCAAGGUUGAGAAAGUCGUCCCUGGUUGUGACCACACUGUCGCUGUGGAUUGUUGGGUCGACGUCAAGGGGCCAAGCUUCACUUGCUCUACCCCUUGCCCUGAGAUACUGCCAUGUGGACAUCAGUGUACUGGAACAUGCAGCAGCUGUCGAAAAGUGGACGGGUCUUUUGCCCAUAAUCCUUGCACCAAAGUUUGCGAUCGCCCAUUCGGUUCUUGCAAUCACAGAUGUCAUCAAGUAUGCCAUGGUGGUCGUUCCUGUGGUAGCUGUACUAAAGCAUGUGAGGUUCGGUGCCCUCACUCCGCUUGUGCCUCGUCAUGUAAUAAACCAUGCGCCCCGUGCAUCGAGGAAUGUACCUGGUCUUGUCCACACCAAAAGGCUUGCUCCAUGCCGUGUUCAGCACCCUGCGAUCGACUCCCUUGCGACGAACGAUGCACGAAGAAACUCGAGUGUGGUCAUCAAUGCCCAAGCUUCUGUGGAGAGGACUGCCCUGUUGGAUACUGUCAGGAAUGUGGCGACAAAGUUGAUGCUCGAGUCGAUCUUCUGGAGUUCUUGUCAUACACGGAAGUGAACCUUGACGAAAGUCCUAUCGUUGUACUUGGAUGUGGCCAUUUCUUCACUGGCGAGACUCUUGAUGGUCUUGUCGGUCUGGAUGAAGUUUACACUAGAGACAAGGAGGGCAACUUCAAAGGCUUGAAGGAUACCACCGGUUCUCUUUCCCGAAAGAUUCCCUUUUGUCCAGACUGCAAACGGCCUAUUCGGCAAUUCGCCACAAAGCGAUAUAACCGGCUCAUCAACAGGGCUGUCAUGGAUGAAAUUUGCAAGCGCUGUAUCAUCAGCGGGCGCGAGGCCCUCAAGACAUUGGAGGACCAGCUGCGGUCUGAGGAGAAAAAUCUGAGCGAAAGUCGAAAGUCUCACCCAACUAUUGCAAGUUGGCCUCAGCAAUUGUUGACCAAGAAGAGACACCAACGACUGAAGAAACUCGGGGAUAUGUCCAAGGACCUGGUAAAGAAGAUGGGCAAGGAACACCAGCCCACCAAAAUUCUCAUCGACCGGAUCGCGACCGCUCGUGUCCGUGCCACUGGUGAUCCAAUGUCUCUUGCAGUACAGAUGGAGGCUAUGAAGCUAUCGCCGCCGGAACCAGACAAUCAAAUCAUUCUCGGAGCAAAGUCGCUUAUAUUCAAGGCCGAGGAAGUGCAGUUUCAAGACUCAGUUGCACUCCUUCAAGCCUGCAGAGGCAAAGUCAACGCCACUGUGAUCCAGGGAUGGCUGAAGGAACAACCCCUUUUGGACACCAUUGACUUCUUCAUCACCUGCCAUCACCUCAUCAAUGAAGCUAAAAAGGCAAACCUUCCGCGAAUCUUUGCUUCGGCGACUCUAUGCUAUGCUAAGGUAUCCCAGCUGGCGACUUGGUGCGCGCAGACGCAGGAUGGUACUGCCGCCCCAACACCUGGGGAUGAGAAUGUGAAGAAGUACGUUGAUAGGGCGAAGAAGCUUCUUGAAGAUGCGUUGCUUCAGUGUGGGGAUCUUGUGGACAGUGAGGAAUUGAAGGAGCGCCUAGAAGAAAUGUCGCGACUUUUUGAACCUCAGUAUCAUGCUGUUACUCCAGAGGAACUGGCAUCGAUCAAAUCUGCCAUGGUCAGCGGACGUGGUGGCCUGGCCACUCACUCUGGACACUGGUACAAUUGCGUCAACGGCCAUCCGUUUGCGAUCGGAGAAUGCGGUAUGCCAAUGGAAGUUGCUCGAUGUCCCGAGUGCGGAGCGCCUAUCGGGGGUACCAGCCACCGACCUCUGGAGGGUGUGUCUCGUGCUCAUAACAUGGAGAGCCGUCAGUAA